AUGCGGCUUAAUCAUAACGUACUGUUUUCAGCAGCGAAAUGCUUCAAACGAAUAUCGAAACGAGCCAUCGACAAUUAUCCGCCUUUGGCUGAGUAUCAUAUGGAAUCCCUGCGGGCUUGUUCAGACUACUGUAUUAUGGCCGCUGGCAAUGAAAAACCAGCGGAACCCCUCUGUCGAUCCUUCACUUACGAUAUUGCUAUGAAAACAUGUCGUCUGUAUGAUCACGACGGAAUGAGGGUUCCUGCAAUUCUACACCCUGCAAUCGGCAUUGACUUUUACAAGAGGAUAAAUGACGGCAUGGACUGCAAGAAUACGAAUCUUGCCGAAAACAAUCUUAACUUCGCCAAAUUCGGAUCGUUUUCAGCAGAGCACGAUGAGAUACAGAGGAACCCUCGGCUGCCUUCCGACAUCGAAAGUGAAAACGAAACGUUGCGAGAUAUAGAGCUUCCAAAUGAGAUAUCUGACACAUUUGAAAAAACGAAAGUACUGAAGAAGAAAAUCUCAAAGAAGGUACCAGAAGAAAACGGCCUCCAAGAAGCCACGAGUGAACCAUGUUUGACAAGUACUGGUUACUAUGUUGUGAUUGGAAACGAAAUCGUUCAACCGAUGUCUAACGGAGGGGCAGUGAAGGUGUACAAUGGCGUCGACCAAGGAGACUGUGCAAAGUUCUGUAGCAGUAAUCAGGGCCCAGAUCACGAGAGCGUAGUGUGUUCCUCGCUGAACUACUUCCCACUUACACGCAAAUGCGAACUGUACAGUAUACUUGCUGAGCCUCAUGGUCCUGGAAGUCUAGUGGAAAACCCGGAUGUAAUUUACGCGGAAAAAUUCUGUUUGCCAGAGUCACAUGUAACUUGUCAAGAUGAUGAAGUCUUCAUUCUACAUGUACAAAAAAGUUUGUCCGGUAUUCCAAUCACUCAGACGUCGUCUCAAAGCAUCACAAAAUGCUUACAAGCAUGCCUGGACGAUGACAAUUGCAAGACAGGAGUAUUUGAUUCAUCGAAACAACUCUGCCAUUUGUACAAGGAGUCGGUAGCCAAAUCGCAAGAUACAAUAGUGGAAACCCCACCAGGAUUCGUCAUGAUUGAAAAUGGAUGCGCUGAAAGUCGGCGCUCUUCAGCUAAAAAGCGGAAAAGUGAAAUACAGCAUUUCUCGGAGGAAAAGACCUCAUCGGAAUGGUCUGAUUGUGCUUUCAGAGUCCACGGAGCACGAGUACAGGUUCGCGAAAUCGAAGACGGUAGACUAGAGACGAGAGCGUGCUGA